CUCUCCCGGAGAAACGGUUUCGUGGUCUUCCCCGCCGCCACUUCAGUCCUUCCGCGCGCGCGGUUGGAAGUAUGCUACCCGCCGCUCACAGCUUCUGAACCCCUCGGCGGGAGGAGCGAACACACAACGAGACAACCAGGCAUCGCCUCGAUCACGACUGGCGGCAGGGAAUCGAGCGCGAGAAUGACGGCCAGCAGGGCGACGCGGCUGGUCGCGGCGCUGCUGUGCUUCCUGGCGUCGUGCACACUACGCGCUCGAAGCCAGAUCCUGAACCCGCCGUACUUCAACCUCGCCGAAGGGCGCAACAUCUCGGCCACGGCCACGUGCGGCGACCAGGGCACGCCGGAGCUGUACUGCAAGCUGGUCGGUGCCAAUCUCGACAAGCAGGACAACCCGAACAUCAACCUCAUCCAGGGACAGGUGUGUGACUACUGCGAUGACCCUCGGCGUGACUAUCCGCCGCACGUCUUCGAGGGCAACGACCCGCUCGACCAAGCGGCGCGAGAUCCGGCACGCUACGCCAUCGACGGCACCGAGCGAUGGUGGCAGAGUCCGCCGCUGUCCCGCGGAACGCGCUUCAACGAGGUCAACCUCACCGUCGACCUCGGACAGGAAUUCCACGUGGCCUAUGUCUUCAUCAAGAUGGCGAACUCCCCUCGGCCAGGUGUAUGGGUUCUGGAGCGGUCAACUGACAAUGAAACCUACAAGGCCUGGCAGUACUUUGCCGACAGCAUUGAUGACUGCAGGGUCAUCUUUGGACAAGAUGUGGAGGACUCCAUCAAACGUGAUGAUUCUAUCAUUUGUGAGACAAAGUUUUCGAAGGUGGUGCCCCUUGAGGGUGGAGAGGCGAAUGGCCAUCUCCUGCUGAAUGGUCGUCCAAGUGCAGAUAACUUCACAUAUUCUCCUGUGCUGCAAGAAUGGACUAAAGCAACCAACAUACGAAUGCGCCUUUUGAGAACAAAGACACUUCUUGGUCAUUUGAUGUCAGUCGAACGUCAGGACCCCACAGUCACCAGGAGGUACUUCUACAGUAUCAAGGAUAUCGAAAUUGGUGGUCGGUGUGUGUGCAAUGGACACGCUGACACGUGCGACAUCACCGACCCGGUGAACGCGUACAAGCUCAGCUGCCGGUGCCAGCACCACACUUGUGGACAUCAGUGCGAGCAGUGCUGCCCUGGAUUCACGCAGAAAAAGUGGCAGAGAGCCAGCAUUGACAACCCCAAUGUCUGCGAACCCUGCAACUGCUUUGGACACACUAACGACUGCUACUAUGAUGAGAAAGUGGAUGAGCAGCAGCUCAGUUUGAACAUUCAUGGCAUCUACGAUGGAGGCGGGGUCUGUCGCAACUGCCAGCACAACACCGAAGGCAUAAACUGCAACAAAUGCAAGCCUAGCUUUUAUCGUCCCUACAACAAGCCCUGGAAUGACACCAAUGUCUGCCAACCAUGCCAGUGUGACCUGACAUAUUCCUCGGGCAACUGCUCAGAAGGGUCAGGCCAAUGUGAAUGCCGGCCAGAAUUUUUGCCACCAAACUGCGACCAGUGCAAUGUCGGCUACUAUGGCUACCCGUCCUGCCGCCCUUGUGACUGUCACGCAGAGGGCACUCAGGGUCGUGUCUGUCAGGUGAAUGGAGGCCAGUGUCCAUGCCGCCCUUACUACGAGGGAAAAAACUGUGACCGCUGUGCUCCCGGCUACUAUGGUUUUCCAAACUGCCAGCCCUGUGACUGCGACCCAACGGCUGCCUUGGGCAGAACCUGCAAUGACAGUACAGGGCAGUGUCAGUGCCGGAACAGUUAUGGAGGUCGUCAAUGCUUGGAGUGCCAAGUGGGCUUCUACGACUACCCAGCUUGCAAAUUGUGUGCCUGUGACACGACGGGAACAUUGGCUGAGGUCUGCAGCAACCAGACUGGCCAGUGCCUGUGCAAGCCUGAAUACGGAGGUGCACGUUGCGACCAGUGCGCACCUGGUUACUAUGGCUUCCCCAACUGCAUACCUUGUCAAUGUGAUCCUAAGGGCUCCCUCAGUGAAGUCUGUGAUGCCUCCGGGAAAUGCCCCUGCCUGGCUAGUUUCACCGGACUUCAGUGUGACCAAUGUGCACCUGGAUACUUUUCUUACCCAGAAUGCCACCCGUGUGAGUGCGACACCUACGGUGCUGUAGGUGUCUCUUGUGGCAGUGACGGCAUAUGCUUCUGCAAGCCGAACUUUGACGGAGAUAAAUGCAACAGCUGCAAGAAGGGUUUCUACAACUACCCACUCUGUGAAGGCUGCAACUGCAAUCCUGCUGGUAUUCUGCCUACAUUCGGUGGAUGUGGGAGCCUUACAAGUGGAGAACUGUGCGAAUGCAAGGAACGCGUCACGGGUCGAAUCUGUGACCAGUGCCGCCCACUCUAUUGGAGCCUCAAGCCAGCUAAUCCACAAGGCUGUGAAGAGUGUGAGUGUCACAUUCCUGGCACCGUGGGUGGCCUCGGAGUAUGUGACGGACAGAGCGGUCAGUGCCUGUGCAAGCCCAAUGUGGGACAGCGACAGUGCACCACUUGCACCGAUGGCACUUUCAUGCUGCAGGAGGACAACCUGCUAGGAUGCCAAGACUGUGGCUGCGACGUAGGCGGUUCAGUGGGCAGCACAUGUGAUCAGCGCAACGGACAGUGCCCUUGCCGUCCACGGAUCACCGGCCGUCGUUGCUCAGAGCCUCUGCAGGCGCACUACUUUCCCACAUUGCACCAGCACCAGUACGAGGUGGAGGAUGGUCACACACCGAGUGGGGUCAAUGCCCGCUUUGAUUUUGAUGAGGCACUGUUCCCAGGAUUUUCAUGGCGAGGCUAUGCCAUCUUCUCAAAUAUCCAGAAAGAGAUUCUGCUCGAUCUGCGCAUCCAGAAGCCAGGGCUGUAUCAGGUCAUUGCACGUUAUGUCAGCCUCAACGGUGACAACAUGUACUCCAACAUCACCUUCACUCCUGACUUUUAUGGAGAGACCAAGCAGAGUGAGAUUUUGAUCCUGCCACCCAGCAGGGAGCCACGCUUCCAGGCUGUUGUUGGUCCUGACGGUGUAACUGCAUUGCCGUUCGUGCUCAACCCUGGCCGCUGGACCCUGUCCAUCAAGGCACAAAAGCCAGUGUUUAUGGACUAUAUUGUGCUGCUACCGGAAGCCUUCUAUGAAGCCACCCUGCUUCAGGAGAAGGUCAAGCAGCCCUGCCUCCAGGGGCAGGCACCUGAAGUGGCAUGUGUCCAGCUGCGCUAUCCAGCACUGCCUGAUGGAGCAGUGCCCGUCUCAGCGGCUCAGGCUGGCUAUGUCGAGGACAAUGGGCAGCAGAACCCCGUCAGGCUUCUGGAUGACCAGUACAUCUUGGAUGAACUUCGAAGCGGCCCGAUGGCCCAUUUGACCGAAGAUGAACAUGCCAUGACCCUGGAACUGAGGGCCCCUUCGCCAGGGCGAUACGUGUUUUUGCUCUUCUACCACUCGCUUGACAGUAAUGAUUCCCGGCCAGCGGACGUAAGCCUCUCAUCCUCUGAUGCAUUGGCUACGGGAAAAGUCAACCUGCAUCGGUGCAAGUACAACAUGGUCUGUCGACAGGUUGUUGUUGACCACCUGAAUCGUGUGCUGGAGUUCGGGCUGAAGGAUGAUCCAGUGCGUAUGACCAUCGACCUUGGUGACGACUCCAACAGUGAGCUGGCGGUGGAGAGAAUAGUGGCUGUGCCAGCACUGCAGUGGCACACGGACUACUUGCUUCCUGGAAGGGAGUGUGUCUUGCGUGAGGGAGAGUGCCAGGGACUGCCAUUUCCCGCCUUCUCUCCUGCUGCAAAGGUCGAAUUUGAGAGUGCAGAGGAUGCCAUGGUGGCAACUGAUCUUCCAACCACCCUCAAGGACAAUGGAACUAGCCUGGUUCUCCUUGACCACCGUAAUCCAGCUGUCACUCUUAAUGACACCGUGCCAGAACCGGGCCCAUACGUCCUUGUCGCACAUUACUUCCAGCCUGACCACCCUGCCUUUGAGUUGACGACCGUCCUGGAGAGCGGGGGUCAGCAGCGUGACACCAGGCUGCCCCUUGAGCACUGCCCCUGGACUUCAGGCUGUCGGGCAGUGCUUAUGAACCCCCAGACAGGCACCACUGCCUUCCCCCUCAUCGACAACUUCACGCUCAACUUCGAGGUGCCCGACCAGAAGUCGGUUUGGCUGUGCUUAUUCGUGAAGACCAGUUUGACAAGUCAAUGCUUCAGCCCCUUCCCCUGGACAAGGCUGUGGAAUUUAUCAAGCAGUGUGGCCAGAACAGCCUUCACAUUAGCACCUGAGACCAGUGACUUUUGCAAGGAGGCAGUGUUUUCGAUCACUGCUGAAUACAACAAUGGGGCACUUCCGUGCCAGUGCAACAUUGAUGGCUCAUUGUCGUUUGAGUGCGAACGUUUUGGAGGCCAGUGCCAGUGCAAGGACAACGUGAUUGGCCGCACCUGCUCCCAGUGCCGCACGGGCUACUAUGGCUUCCCUGCUUGCCAACCAUGUGACUGUCCCAACACUGCCGUGUGUCACCCAGUCACCGGCCAGUGCAUCUGCCCUCCUCGUGUCACUGGUGAAAAGUGUGACACCUGUGUGCCUCUCACCUUCGGCUACACUCGCAUUGUGGGAUGUGAGGAAUGUAACUGCAACCCACAUGGAGUCCAAGGAGGCAACCUUCAAUGUGACCUGCAGACUGGGCAAUGCAAGUGCAAGAACAGCAUUGUGGGCCGCACAUGUGAUGAGUGCAAGUUUGGCUUCUGGGACUUCCCCCGCUGUCGCCUCUGCAACUGUGACCUCCGUGGAACAGGGGAAGAGAUCUGCAACCAGGACACUGCCGAGUGCUUUUGCAAGGAAAAUGUCGAGGGCGAUUCCUGCGACACCUGCAAACCGGGAACAUUUUUCCUAGAAGAGAGCAACCCUGUGGGCUGCACCAAGUGCUUCUGUUUUGGCACUACAGACCGCUGCAACAGUGCCUUGCUUUUCCGCAGCCAGAUUGUGGAAAUGGAUGGCUGGACAUCUGUCGGCCUCGGCGUGCUUAAUGACUUGAUGCGUGAGGAGCUGGAAGCACCCAUGUCAUCUUCACCCAGCACCGUGGAGGUGACUCCACCUGCAGACCUUCCCGUGGGAUCCUUGCUCUAUUUUGUGGCUCCGUCACCAUACCUAGGAAACAAGGUUACGUCCUAUGGGGGAACGCUGUCCUUCAGUCUUUCAGUCUCUGUGGAUUAUGAUGUCGACUUUGGCAGUAUUAUUGGCCCGGACGUUAUUAUUACGGGCAACAACCUCACUCUGGUGCACGAGCAUGGGGAGCAACCUGCGGCUGGUGUUCCAUUGGACUUCAGCAUCAAGUUGGUUGAGGGUGAGUUCCGUCAGCUUGGUGGGCGCAAGGUUACUAGAGAACAGCUCAUGACAACAUUGGUCAACAUCGACGGCCUGUACAUCCGGGCUUCCUACAUUCAGCCAUCGCUGCAAGUCAGGUUGAGCAAUGUAGCUCUGGACACGGCGCUCUCGACGUAUCUUGCUGACGCUGCCCAGGCAUUGACUGUGGAGCAGUGCCAUUGCCCACCUAAUUACAAGGGAACCUCUUGCGAGGAAUGUGCACCUGGGUACUACCGCUCAAGAACAAGGACAGCACCUUACCUGGGCUUCUGUGUUCCUUGCCAGUGCAACAACCACGGUGACACUUGUGAUGUUGUCACUGGAAAAUGCUAUAACUGUCGAGACAACACCUACGGCGACCAUUGCGAGAAAUGCUUGCCUGGUUACCACGGUGAUGCCACCAGAGGCCACUCUAAUGACUGUCUCAUAUGUGCCUGCCCGAUUCCAACCCCAUCAAACAACUUUGCCGAAAGCUGUGAGGUCUCUCCAAGUGGUCAAGAGAUCAGCUGCAACUGCAAAAAAGGAUACUUUGGGGCUCGAUGCGAUGUGUGUGAUGCUGGCUACUUCGGUAUGCCAGAUACGAUAGGCAGCAGCUGUGAGCCAUGCCAGUGCAGUGGCAACAUUGACCCUGAAAACCCCGCAUCCUGUGACACAGUUACUGGCGAAUGUGUGCUUUGCCUGAACAACACUUCUGGCCCAGCUUGUGAACUUUGUGCACCUGGCUUCUAUGGUGAUGCCAUCAUGGGAAAGAAUUGCCGAAAGUGCUCGUGCGACACGUGUGGAAUGCACUCUUGCGAUGCAGCUGCAGGAACUUGCAACUGUCACGACAAUGUGAUUGGAGAAUACUGCGACCAGUGUGCUCCAAAUCACUGGGGCUUCAGCAGCUGCCAGGGCUGCCGUUCCUGUGACUGUGGCUUGGCUUCCCAGUCGAAGCAGUGUGACUUGGAAACAGGCCAGUGCUCUUGCCAGCCUGGUGCUGGAGGUCUCCGCUGUGAAACCUGCGAGCCAGGAUAUUGGCGCUACUCUCCCAGUGGUUGCAUCUCUUGCAACUGUGCUGCCAAGUUCUCGGCUGGCGCUGUCUGCAACCAGCAGACGGGUCAGUGCCAGUGCUUGCCCGGAGUAAUCGGGGAGAAAUGCGACAGCUGCCCACAUCGGUGGGUCUUUGUUGAGCGGCAGGGGUGCAAUGAAUGUGGCGAGUGUGUGCACGCCCUACUAGAUGACACAGACCAGUUGGCUGAUCUCAUUGGUGGCAUCCAGUUGGAGGUGAAAGAUUUGUCAGCAACGUACCUAGCCAAUCAACGACUGCAGGUUGUCAACCAGACUGGCCAUGACCUCAAGCUUCAAUUUGAGACAUUCCUAUUGGAACGUGAGGCAGAAGAUGCCAGUCCCUUGGGACAGAACGUCUCCGAUUUGGAAGUCUUUGGCAAUGGAGUACGCAAGAGUAUGUCGGUGAUCCUCUCUUCUGCCAGGACAAACGACAAUGCUGCAUUUGCUACUAAGAUGGCUGCUUUACAAGAGGAAGCAGAUGUCAACAAGACCAUUAAAGAAAUGCAGGCCCUGGAGCAAGCACAGCAGUUCUCCCUGCCUGUGGUGCAGAACAAUGCAACGCUGGCUGAGCUCAGGCGCAGCAUGCAGCAGGACCUAGAAGAUCGCCUGUACGAGUUGGCCAACCACACGGCACGUGCUAACACCAUGAUGCGCAAGGCUUCGGGGCUGCUGCACAUGGCCAAUAGCUCACCAUUCAGGGGCCUAGUUGCUCAGAGUGAAGAACUGCAGUCCAAGGCCCAGGAGCUCUUGAGAGAAGGCGAGGAGCUGCUGCGCCAGUGCUCAGGCUUCAACUUGGAUGCGGAUAAAGCUCUUGAUGCGCUGGGUGACAAUGAGCGUCGACUACGUGAUUCAGUGGAUGGGCUGCAAGAGACCUUGGCCAAAGUGAAGAAGCAGACCUAUGAGGUUGAGCCAAUUGUCCGUGAAGCCGUUGACCAUUCGCACGAUCUUGAACGCCAAGCUGAGGAAUGCAAGAGCAUCCUGUACGACACAAAGCAGACAUCUGCAUCGGCACUUGCCUAUGAUGAAAUAGUCAAAGCUGUUGACGAUGCUCUCAACUAUUCACGUGCUGCCAAGGCUGCUGCUGAUGAGGCUCAUUCACUGUCUGUCGGUAUCAUCGACCGUGCAUCUGACUCUAAGGACAACAGUGAAGGUCUCCUCGCUGACGCAAGGGAACUUGAACGACAUGUGGACUAUGAGAUGAAGCCAAGAGUAGGAGACGCUGUUGAAAAGCUUGCAACCAUAGAACUUCAUAACAAGAUGAAUGCCAAAGACUUGCAAGACCUGGCACGGGACAUGGACAAUUUGCAGACAGCUGAAAGCAAAGAAGCUCUGGUAGCCUCAGUGACAGCUGUGCGGGAAGCAGUCGACGAAGUGCAGGGCACCUCAGACAAGAUUGAUGCCAUCCUGGAGCGACUCCCAGGUGAAAACACCCACGCUGAGACACUCUCCAGCGACAACGUAGGCUACCAACAGGCACUGCUGGCUGCCAGCAGCUACAUUGAUCGUGUCGUGGCUCCUGAGCCAGACUUGGGUCGGCUUGCGAACCGGCUGCUGCAACGGCACAAUGCCAUGAAGGACCAUGCCAUGGACAUCCAGAAGCAACUUGAAGAACUGCGUCGCAAGGUGGCCCUUGCCAAAGAUGAAGCUAACAGGGUAAAGAUUGGCAUGGAGUUCAAGGGCAACGAGUGGGUCCGACUAAAAAAUCCUGAAGAUUUGCAAGAGGCAGCCACGUACACUCACCUGUCACUGCAUGUCAAGACUGACAGGCCUGACGGCACACUCUUUUACCUUGGAAACGGCCAGAGCUCUCAGCCAAGAGCGAAGCGUUCCCAUGAGGGCGAUUUCAUGAGCUUGGUACUCAGAGAUGGCUACCCUGUGCUUCUUAUCAACCUCGGUGAUGGAAUUGAAGAGAUCCGGAGUGACAAAUAUGUUGCCGACGGCAUGUGGCAUCAGAUUGUUGUUGACAGGACUGGCAAGACGGUCAAUCUUGAAGUGCGCACGGAAAGUGAACCUGACAGCAUAAAAACCAAGUACCUCCAAGGCACCAACAGCGUGUUCAACUUGGAUCAGGCGCUGUCCGAGUUCUACCUUGGAGGUGUGCCAGAAACUGCAGAUAUUCCGCUAAGCCAACGGGACACUAUGCCAUUUAUUGGCUACUUGGAAGAACUUCAGUUUGGUGGACUGCCUGUUGGCUUGUGGAACUUCCACAGCCACCAAGGAAAGCUGGAGGGAUGCCAGGAACGGGACAGCCUCAUCGACAUUCCAAGUGGCAGGGGCCUACGGUUUGAUGGCACAGGCUAUGCCAUAGUGUCCAAGGAGCGGCGUGAUUUCAACGAUGGCAUCAGCAUCAGCAUGAAGUUCCGCACAUAUGCCAAGGAGGGACUGCUCUUCCUCAUACACAACAGGGAAACAUUUAUGGCCCUGGAGUUGCGUGAUGGCCAUGUUGUGUACAAGUUCAAUCUUGGCAGUGGCAUGACACAGCUGAAAUCCAAUGGAGCCUACAAUGACGGCCAGUGGCACCAACUCAGAGCUGCCCAGUUGGGUAAUGAAUUUGAUCUUACGGUGGGCGGCAACGAUUCUGUUCCUGCAAGUUAUAGAGGCCCAGAGACAGGCAUUGAUGCCACCGAUGACAUAUUUGUUGGGGGCCAUCCGACUUUUCAUGGUCACAUGGAGGUGACACGCAUGAAUUUUGAGGGGUGCAUAGAAGAGUUGGAGCUGGACACAAGGCUCGUUGACUUGCACAAAACCAAGGAGGCCCUUGCUGUGACCACAGGCUGCCCUCCAAAUGUAGCACGAGUGGUGUCAUUCUCUGCAGAGUCUCCUGGCUUUGUUGCCAUGCCAUUCAUGGACUUGACAGAGAACGCUCAGUUGACACUGAAGUUCCGUACUAAGCGCCCCAACGGUCUCAUCUUCUACACGAGCAACGAGGACCACUCUAAGUUCCUAGCACUAGGAUUGCGCGGCGGAAGGCUGUUUCUACAGGCAAGACCAGGUGGCCGUGUAGAAACCGAGGGAACUUACGAUGAUGGCCGCUGGCACUACGUCACUGCCAGUAGCUACUCCAAUAGGUUGAGGCUGGACAUUGACGAUGCUCUUGUGGUGCAGGAGAAUGCAGUGGAGCCUGUUUUGAUACACACCACCAGCCCACUUUACUUUGGAGGUCUCCCACCUGGAGUUCAGGCUAAUCCCGAGCUUCAGCUUGAUGGACGUACCUUCUUUGUUGGGUGUCUGGGUGAUUCCACUGUGCGAGGUGUGCUUCAGAACUUUGCCGCGACAGCAGAUCGCUUCAAUGCUGCCCUCACCAGCUGCCCUCUGCCUGGGCCCGAUGAUGAUGAUGUAUCUGUUGAGGAAACAACAACUGUGACUGAAGGUCCAGGUAGGCAUUCUCUGAGCGGUCCACUUCCAGGCUGUGUUCUGCCCCUGGAGCCAGCUCAUGAUUCUGACGUGACACCCGAGAGUGGCCUUAGGUUUGGCAACAGUCCUGAGAGCCGACUCGAGUUUAGGCUUCCGACAGACCUAGCUAAUAGUCUGAUGGAGCAUUCAACUAUCUCACUGGAGUUCCGCACCCGCCAUGAGGAUGGUAUCCUCUUCUAUGUCACCAACAGCAACAAAGUCGACUUCAUAGCCAUCUUCAUGAAGCAAGGAAGAGUGAACGUCAUGUUCAACUGUGGCACGGGCCCAGGCCUUCUGACAACAACAGAGGUGUACAACCUUGGGGAAUGGCAUUCACUGGAGUUCAGCCGCCGGGGCCAGAUGGGCGUGCUGUACAUGGACAAUACGACGGCGGCACAGGGCAGCUCACAGGGUACUACCAGCUCAAUCAACGUCAAGAGCCCCGUCUAUCUGGGUGGACUUCCACGCAACGUCUCUUCUCAAGUGAAAAACAACCUUCGCGGAGUGACCGGCUCCUUCCCGGGAUGCAUCCGCAAGCUUGAAGUACAAGACCGGCAGAUGCUGCGACCUAGAGUCAGCGUUGGUGUUACGGGCUGCUCGCAGAAAGUGGAAACAGGCACAUUCUUCGGGGCCAAUCACAGCCAUCUCAUUCUGUAUGACAGCUACAAUGUGGGCAAGGAGAUGACUGUGGAACUGGACAUCAAGCCGCGAAGACCUUCAGGAAUCUUGUUCGCAGUUCACAGCAACAACCAGAAGGAUUUCGUGCUGCUACAAAUGAUCGAUGGCAACAUCGUAUUUAGUGCUGACAACGGUGCAGGAAUUAUCAAGGCCUCUGCCAGUGCUGGAAACCUUUGUGAUGGAGAGUGGCACACUGUGAAAGCUGUGAAGAACAAGAACAUUGUGUCCCUUGCUGUCGGCGGCAUCAGCAAAUUGGGUAUUGGCCGAGGAGGAGUCACUGCCACUGACACUGCCAACCCUCUCUACAUUGGCGGUGUGCCAGAUCCGAGCCAGACGCGAGCCGUGGCAACGCAGGAGCAGUACGUUGGCUGCAUUCGUUACCUGCAGAUCAAUGGCAAACUUCAGAGUAUGGCUGAGAGUACGGUUCAUGGAAACGUCCAGUUGAACUCAUGCCCCACCAUCUAAGAAGCUAUGUCCUGCAUGUGUUAUUCUUUUGUACAGUAAAAGCUCGUUAAUUCGAAGUAACAGGGGCCGCGAGAAAGCUUCGAAUUAGGCGGGUUUUUUAAUUAACAAAAGCAUACAAAAAGUGGGAUGCAAGAACUUAGAACUAUUCAAAGUAAUACGUGCUCGUCGUUUGCUGUGCUGGCUAGCUUGCGGCUCCAAAGGUUAUGAUUUCCAACAAUACCUGGUCUUUAUUUUUCUGCGAACAUCGAGGAACCGUGGGCCUCGCUGCUGUCACCGGAAAAAAAAAUAGAGAAAAGAAAACGCGGUCGUGAUCGGCUAAAAUGUGCGCCUGCAGAAAACAAGACAUCUUCACUGCAACACAGUAGUGACACGCGGGCAGCAUGUCCUGCUCCUCGCUGCGUCAGCACGUCAUGAUGCGAGCAUUCGCACAUUCUUUCUAUUAUAAUUAUGAAUUUAAUAAUGGCCAGUACGACGAAGCUCACGAUGUGUUUUGGCUGGAAAAAAUUAUCUUUGAAACUUUUGAACUUGAUUUUCGAAGUAGGUGUUGCUGACAAGAGCUCCGCCAGCAGUGCAAAGACACGAAUUACUGGAGCAAUCAGCAAUCGAAGGUUCCCAUACAUCGCUAUUUUGCUAAGCUGUCCUUUAUUAAUUUCUUUACAAUCCAAGAAAGAACGGGUAAAUCAUUACCCGUUGACGUUGCGAGAAACAUGCAAUAAGCUGCCCGCGUGUCAUUACUGUGUUGCAGUGAAGCACGACUCGUUUUCCGCAGGCGCACGUUUUCGCUUACCAUGAGACUGUUUUUUUUUCUUCUUUUUUUUGCGCUGGAAGUAGCGAGACUGAGGUGCUUCAGCUACCACUUAUUAGUAUCGAUACUUUGCAUUGCCUUGUGGCAAUUAAUGGCCGUUUUUUCCGCGGAUUCUUGGCGAAAUCAGUAUCUGGAACUGGCACGUACAUGGUACCCAAAGUUUUCGAAUUAACCGGGCUGGUGCCGGCCGCCGCUUCAAAUUAUCAGACUUACAUGGCAAAAUACGGGACCACGAAAAUCCUUCGAAUUAAGCGGUAUUUCGAAACAACCGAGCUCGAAUUAACGAGGUUUUACUGUAGGAGCACCCAAAAUUGUGUCACUUUUUUAUGUUGAUGUGGAGAGUGUUCAAAUUGGUUUUAAACAUAUUGUUUUCUCACUAGGUAAAAAAGUUAUAGUAAACUUAAGUCACUCCUCAGUUGAAUUAGAAUAGAAUUGGGUUUUGUUUUACCAUUCUGAAAGUAUUAAAUAAAGAUUGGCUUAGUUUGUGUCAUGCA